UCCAGAAUUUACAGAGAGCGGUGGCACCGAGCGCACAAUCCUGAAAUUGUCUGGACACGGAACAGUUCUUUUUCAGUUAUGUGUUGGACGUCGACGAGGACAUGAGACGAACGUCCCAGAACAGCAGACCCUUUGAGGAAAUCCAGGGGGCACCCUUCCUUGACAGAGGGGGGAUCCUACAAGAGGGCAGGCAACUCGAGGGCAGCAGGUUUAGCGGGCCAGAAAUGAGCGAACAGCUGGAAAGCAGAGUGGACCCGGCCCCUCCCCCCAGCGAGAGGGUCACCUUGGUGGUGGACGGCACUCAUUUCGUGGUGGACCCGGCAGUCUUUACCGCCCACCCGGACACCAUGUUGGGAAGGAUGUUUGGCCCCGGUCGGCAGCACAACUUCACGCGGCCCAAUGGGAAGGGCGAAUUCGAGAUCGCAGAAGGCAUCGGCGCCAGCAUCUUUCGAGUCGUCCUCGAUUUUUACCGAACGGGGGUCCUGCGGUGCCCGGAUGGCGUUUCGGUGGCAGAGCUACGAGAAGCCUGUGACUACCUCUGCAUCAACUUUGACUACAGCACGGUGAAGUGCCGGGACCUCAGCGCUCUGCUGCAUGAGCUGUCCAAUGACGGGGCACGCAAGCAGUUCGAGGGCUUCCUGGAGGAGCUGGUGGUGCCCGCCAUGGUGGCCAGCGCGCAGGAGGGCGAGCGGGAGUGUCACAUCGUGGUGCUGACGGACGACGACACGGUCGACUGGGACCAGGAGCACCCCCCGCCCAUGGGCGAGGAGUACUCCCAAAUUCUCUACAGCACAAAGCUCUACCGCUUCUUCAAGUACAUCGAGAACAGGGACGUGGCCAAAGCGCUGCUAAAGGAGCGAGGGUUGAAGAACAUUCGCAUCGGCAUCGAAGGGUACCCCACCUGCAAGGAGAAGGUGAAGAGGCGGCCGGGCGGGAAGUCGGAGGUCAUCUACAACUACGUGCAGCGGCCCUUCAUCCAGCUGUCCUGGGAGAAGGAGGAGGGAAAGAGCCGCCACGUCGACUUCCAGUGCGUGCGCAGCAAGAGCGUGCCCAACCUGGCCGCCAUGGCGGAGGGGGCGUCCCGGGGCGGGGCCACCCCUACCCCGCAGGUGGACGAGCUGGACCGCCUGAACGGGCCCGCCCCUCGCCUCCUCGCCACCCCCCAGGCCCCCAGCGACAGCUGAGGCGUACGCGACCCCCACCUGUGACCCCCUCCGAGUGACCGCCGCACCGACUGCGUUCCACCGGAGCUGGUAAUGGAAGCAGCGCACCGGAGAACUGAAUCACGCCGAUGUCCA